AUGGACCACAAAAUGAGCACCCAGCAACCCGUCUCCAAGGACUCAAUGAAGUCUACUUGGCGUCAGGGCAGUCGAGACCAAUGGACCGUGACACACUGGCUGAUAGAAUUGCUAAAUGUCCACCAUGUCGCCCUUGAACUAGAUGUCCCUGUGCACUCCAAGGAGGAAAAAGUGCCGUAUCUGCCGCCAUGGUCAUUACACAUCUGGAUUUUGUUUCAUGCAUUGAUACCACUCGUCAUACACCAAGCCUGGGUAACCUUUGUCAACCCGAACGGGCUUGGAAAAUUCGCUGCGUUCAAUCUCUACUUCUUCGCCUUCAACGCCAUCAUAGUCCGCCAAACGCACAUCCUACGACGCCUAGCGCAUAAGUACGGAUUCCUGGAUGGAGAUAAACACGAACGAGAUGGUGUGCCAGAUGUGGGAGUGCAGCGGGUCGCAGCAUCGCUCUAUAAAACGACAGGCUCUCGUCUAGUCAUGGCUGUAUUCUUGACGUACAACAAGUCUCAGCAACCUCUAACCUCGUGGAAUGAUUGGAUAUGGUGGCUUCCCCUAGAAGUUGGUCUUUACGGUAUUGUGCUUGACUUUUGGUUCUAUUGGUACCAUCGCGCCAUGCACGAUAUCAACCCGCUUUGGAAGUUCCAUCGCACCCACCACUUGACCAAGCACCCCAAUCCUAUGCUAGCAGCCUACGCUGACCACGAACAAGAGUUCUUCGACAUGGCGGUCAUUCCGUUUCUCACAUAUGUCAGUCUAAAAGCGAUGGGUCUGCCUAUGGGUUUCUAUGACUGGUGGAUUUGUCACCAAUACAUCGCGUUCACAGAAGUGUUUGGCCACAGUGGGCUCCGCAUUCAUGCAACUGCCGCAUCAACAAUGAGUUGGCUGUUGUCCAUCCUUGGUGCCGAUAUUGUAAUAGAAGACCAUGAUCUGCAUCAUCGCAAGGGAUGGCGAAAGAGCCACAACUACGGCAAGCAGACACGUCUCUGGGAUCGGAUAUUUGGCACUUGCCAUGAACGGAUAGAGUCUGCGGAAAGUAACAUUGACUAUGUAAAUACUGCUUAUAUGCCUGUGUUCUGA